ACUUCUCGCCCAUUUCGAAAAUUUUCCCCCAAAUCGCGAGUCCCUCCACCAAACCCUAAUCAAUUCAUCGAUUUCCCCUUUUCCCUGCUCUCCAAUAGCCAUUGUUGGAGGAUCGAUUGAGCGGCAUAUCUGAGAGAGUGUAUGCAUUUCAAGUAUUCAGAGUAUGAAGUUCUUGGAAUACAGUUCUCUAGACAGUAUAAAUCUUUUCCUCAGUAAUCUGAAUCUUGGAGAAAGCACUAUCAAAGGGUGCUUGGAAGCAUACUCAUGUAAACAUACUGGGACUGAUCGAAAAUUGUCUCUUAGCUUAGAACAAGAGAUGCUUGAUUACCUUGGGCAAUCUGCAGAGAGCAACUCAGCAUCGCCUGUGGAGUACUUGUCUUGUAGAUCAAGCCGGAAAACAUUGAUCUAUUUGGUUUUGACACUCAGCCACAUGUAUCCGGAUUACGACUUCAGUGCAGUGCGUGCUCAUCUGUUUUUCAAAGAGGAAGAGUGGGAUUCCUUCAAGCAGAUUGUUGACGACUACAUGUUUGAAGCAUCUCAGGAAUGGGCUUUAGCCAACAGCGGAGCUUUCCUUCUUGAAACUAUGUCGAAGGCCAUUGAUGAGGUCGUUAAACUAGGAGAAUGUGAAAUCUACAGCUACAAUCCAGAUUCUGAAGAAGACCCAUACUUUGAGAAGGGAGCAAUCUGGUCUUCCAAUUUCUUCUUCUACAACAGGAAACUGAAACGUAUGGUCAGCUUCCGAUGCAGUUGUGUCAGCAAUGUGGUGACCGACGACUUCCUUGGCGAUGAAGUGGCUAGUCACAAUGAUGAGGAUGACAUAUUCAUUGACAUGGAUAUGUGAAGAGUUCAACUGAUGUAAUCAUACUUUGAUAGGUAGGAAACACAACAAACUCUUGUGUACAAAGUUGUUGAUGGUUUAGCUUCUAAUCAACAGGAUCAUAACUCUUUGUGCAUUUUCAGUAGCAAUUUAAGUGAAGUGGUUUUCA